UGUGUUUUUCUUUUGUUUUGUUUUGUUUUUAUAUUCUUGCCGUGUUGGAACUAGCAAGUGGUGGAGUCUCUGAAGCCUCAUCAGUCAUCGGACUGUCAGGAAUAGUGGUUUAAGAGGAAGCUCGGCCUGGGGCACUAUACCCUGUCAUCCAGUUCCCUGCCUCGGAGAUAAAGAUUCCAGCUACAUGGGCAAACGCCUGGAUCAGCCACAAAUGUACCCCCAGUACACUUACUACUAUCCUCAUUAUCUCCAAACCAAGCAGUCCUAUGCACCAGCUCCCCACCCCAUGGCUCCUCCCAGCCCCAGCACAAACAGCAGCAGCAACAACAGCAGCAGCAACAGCGGCGGGGAACAGUUAAGUAAAACCAACCUGUACAUCCGAGGCCUUCCGCCAGGCACCACGGACCAGGACCUCAUCAAGCUGUGCCAACCGUAUGGAAAAAUUGUAUCCACAAAGGCAAUUCUUGACAAAAACACAAAUCAAUGCAAAGGUUAUGGUUUUGUAGAUUUUGACAGUCCUGCAGCUGCACAGAAAGCUGUAGCAUCCCUCAAGGCAAAUGGCGUGCAGGCACAAAUGGCCAAGCAACAAGAACAAGAUCCAACAAAUCUUUACAUCUCAAAUCUCCCCAUUUCUAUGGAUGAGCAGGAGCUUGAGAAUAUGCUGAAACCCUUCGGACAUGUCAUCUCCACAAGAAUACUGAGAGAUGCUAAUGGAGUCAGCAGAGGUGUUGGCUUUGCCAGAAUGGAGUCUACUGAAAAAUGUGAAGUGGUAAUUCAACAUUUUAAUGGAAAAUAUCUGAAAACACCACCAGGCAUCCCAGCCCCCAGUGAGCCUUUACUGUGCAAAUUCGCAGAUGGAGGACAAAAGAAGCGACAGAAUCAAAGCAAAUAUACCCAGAACGGGAGGCCUUGGCCCAGAGAAGGAGAGGCUGGCAUGGCUCUGACCUAUGACCCCACAGCCGCUAUACAGAAUGGAUUUUAUUCUUCACCGUACAGUAUUGCAACCAACCGCAUGAUUCCACAGACAUCUAUCACGCCAUUCAUUGCUGCUUCCCCUGUCUCCACAUACCAGGUCCAGAGUACUUCAUGGAUGCCUCAUCCGCCAUACGUUAUGCAACCAACAGGUGCUGUGAUUACACCAACAAUGGACCAUCCUAUGUCAAUGCAGCCAACCAACAUGAUGGGUCCCCUGACACAGCAGAUGAACCACCUUUCAUUGGGCACAACAGGAACGAUUCAAUCCCAAGACAGGAUUAUGAUACUCCACCAGCUGUUGUGUCAGUAUAUGACUGCUGCUGCUCCUAUGCAAGGGACCUACAUUCCCCAGUACACGCCUGUGCCUCCGACAGCUGUUUCUAUUGAAGGUGUCGUUGCUGAUACCUCUCCCCAGACAGUGGCACCUUCAUCCCAGGACACCAGUGGUCAGCAGCAACAGAUAGCAGUGGACACAUCCAACGAACAUGCACCUGCAUAUUCUUACCAACAGUCGAAACCAUAAACAGAACUGAAGAAUGUUCAUCUGAAACUUUGCCUUGAAUGAAGAAACUUCAUUGAACAAGAAGUUAGUUGGCUUCCAGUUUGCACAGGCGUCAAUGGAAGGCUUUUUUUUUUUUUUUUUAAUUUUAUACUUUACUCAGUGAAAACAAAGAUUUUAUGUGCUGUGCAAAUGGUUCCUUCAUGUGGUCUGACAGUUUAUUUUUGCCAUCCUUUUUUUAUAAUUAAAGAAAAAAAAAAUCCCAAGAAGAGAGAGUUAAACAUCAAAGGUUGAUGUUUUAUCUAGAAGAACAUUUAAAUUCAGAAUUUACCUGAAAGUGUAGAUAGAUUCUUUUUUUAAAAAAAAAAAAACAAAAACAAAAAACAGAAAACCUGAUGUCAAGAGGUGGGCAAACAGAAUUGGAACAAAUUGUCUUGCUCAGUAACUAAGCUACUUUCUCUCCUUUUCCUUUCUUGUUUAAACCUAGUGAGGUUUUUUAUUUUAUUAUUAUUUUUUUUAGAAAUAUGUAGGUAAGGUUUAUCUUGAAUCUUAAUUGCCUUAAUUUUAAGGACGUCAAAGGCUCUCAAGGCAAGCUGUCAACGUCUUGUUAAAAAAAAAAAUCAAGAAAAAUGGAAAUAUUGUACCAGCUUUAACUGGUACAGAAGUUUGAGACUAUGAGUUUUUAGGGUGAAAAAAAAAACUGUACAGUUUAAAAGAAAAUGUUUUUUUCUUCAUUUGAAGAAAAUUUGUUGAUAAAAGAAACCAUGGCAACUGCAAGAAUUGGGAAAUGCUGGGACUUUUCAUGAACUUUGUCUUACGUGUUGACACAAAUCAUUCUAGAAGGCUAAAACAUUUUACGGUAAAGUUAUUAAUGUUGGUUUAAAAACAACUGCAUUAGAAAUAAUGCGUGUUUGGGGGGCAGAAUGCAGAUUUUUUUUAUUUACAAAGCGUGAUUGCUAGCAAAAGCAUUAGUGCUUUUUAUCUGCAGUCUUUUUUAUGAGCUUUACAAAGUUUUUAGUCAGCUUUGCUUGUCACAUUGCAAAACCUAGCUUAAGAGCAUUAAAAAAAAAAAAACUUAAGUAGAUAGGAGCUUAUGGUCAAAAAAAGUGCAAAAAACAAAAAAAGCAAUAGAUAGAGAAAUUGUUGACAAUUUCUGUAGUCUUUCCUAGUUGUGAUCAAAUUCAGCCUAUGGAUGGCCUAUUUUAUACCAAAGAUGAAGUGACACCCUAUUACAGUCCAGAGGGUAGAGGUUGUAAAUUCUGUUUUGUUUUUAAAUUUUUAUUUGACCUACAUGGCCGGACCAGUUCUUACUUUGUCAUUUGUUUAAAAAACCUUCCACUGGUGUUUUACAUACUGCAAAAGGAAAAAAAAAAUUUUUUUUUUUGUUUGUUUGUUUUGUUUUGUUUUUAAGUCUAUUUGUUGAUAGUAGAAGCUUGUACCUGCUGUGUUCAACAGUUAUAGCAAGGAAAGUUCUGGGUACCAAUUGACAGAAUCAAGCAGCUUUAAAUCCUGUGAGCUUUUCUGAUUCCUUGCUAACUCUCUUCAAACCUGUUGCUGAUGGCCACCAAUAAGCCGAGACACUUGUUUAACAGGUUGGAAUUUCUUUAUAUGAGUUUUGAACUAAAGAUGCUUCCUGAACAUGAUCUGAAAGAUCACUUGUCAGAAAAGCUGAGUGAUGUUGUGUGCAAUGGUGAGUGGUCUCCUGAAAAGGUCUCAUGUUCGUAAUAGUCUUCCUUCUAAAUUCUAGCACCUCCUGGUUUUGUCUUCUCACUUCAGUCUUUUGUCAUCAUCUACACCGUGACUAGCCACCUUGAUUCUGCAAUUGAGGAGGGGGUAUCUUCUUUUUGCCUCUUUUGAUUGUGUUUUCAUAUCUUGGUGUUGCCAGAAAGAAAGACAAAACAGACCUUUCAUUUCGGUUUAAUUAUCCGAGGCAAGCAGGACUAGUAAGAUUGAGAGUUCUCUUAAUGGAAUUUAGGGAAGUUAUGAAAAUGCUAGUUGACAAUCAAGAAAUUGUAUGAUUUAUAUCAAUAAGAACCAAAAGAAUUAGGUUUAAUCAAUGAAAAAAGCCAAAGGAGAUACAUGCAUUAAGAAUGAUGCAAAAGUUCAUUUAAAAUUAAAUUGACUUACCUAGAAAACAUCUUUGCACUUUUGAUUCAUCAAGUCCAUGUUCAACUUAUACAGUCUUAUCUAAAAUUAAAGACAGUAGAAUGGAAUUUUGCUAAUUGAACUAAUUGGUAAAAUUGCUUUGCGAAUGAAUCAUUUUAAUCAAAUAGGUGAAAAGCUUUUAGCAAACUAAAGUCACAGAGAUCUGACUUAGUCCAUAAGGAAGAAGGAAAUGCAUAAAGUACACUAUAGAAGAAAACAGGGUAGGCUUUUUAAAACUAAAAAAUUCAAAAUGUAAAUCUUAUUCCUGUUAGAGCAGUAUGGGUAAGGAGGGGGACUCAAAAAAUUGCCAUAUUUUUUUUUCACUAUUUAAAUGGACCCUGGUUCUCUUAUUUGCAACCCCAGAAAUUGGAAGCUCAAACCUAAAGAAUGACUCCCUAUCUCUGCAAACUAGUAGUAAAAGUGUAUCCAAGAAAAUGUCACAUGUGAUACAGAGAAAUUCAACUGGUCACACCCUUCCUGAUGGUUUUCCAUGCUUUAGAGAGAAUUCUAGAAUGACACAAUCUUUGGUAUCCUUCAGCUUCCCUUGUAUUGCAAAAGUGGCACUUAAGUCUGGUCUUUGAAAAGUGGGCCCCCAAGUUACAGGAGGUAUAAGAAAACAUGUUUGGAAACUGUAUUUUCUGUUCCUCCUUUUCACUCUCUGAAUUCUUUGUAUAAAUAAGGAUUAUCCUAGGCAUAAUUCAUUUGAAUAUGAAACCAACAUGCUUUCCUUUGUUUAUGUAAAAAAAAAAAAUACCAAAAACCUAUAUUAAUGUGAUACAAAGAAAGUCUCAUUUACACAAUCAAUGAUGAGGCUAAAGAGGUAGCUACCAUGUGGCUGAUGAAUGUGCCUAGGUAACUUCCUGUUUCUAUUCAAAACUGCUGCUUUAUUUAUACAUUCAGAAACAUUUUUUUCAACUACGAAAUUUCAGUAAUCUCAAUUUUUUUAAGCCACUUCAGGCAAAAGGAAAUUACCUGUCAUUUUAUGUGUCCAUGUAUGUUUUGUGUUUAGAUUGUUUAUGUCAUGGCAUUCUACAAAAUUACAAACCAAAAAAAAAAAAAAAAAAAAAUAGAAGAAGAAGAAAUGUACAUGUUCAAAUAAUUUGCCCCCUUUUUCUGUCAUCUUACCUAAGAACUGUUUCCAAGUGUCCAGUUUGGGGCUGGUGGGUGGGGGCGGGGCAUCCACAGGUAAGCAGUGCUACUCUGUAUGAAAAAGAAAGAAAACCAAAAUAUGUGUUCAAUGUAUGUGGAUAUCAGCAUCCUAAUCUAGUCCACAGUAUAUAGUAUGGUGAUUUUGGUACUGUUUAAGACUAUAACUUUUUUAAGUUGAAGUUAAUUUUCCAAGUAUUCUGAUUCACCAGAUUUUCAAGUAUUUAUUGAGAUGUCUAGAAUUGUUCUUUAUGACUACAGUUGCCAAGACUUAGCCUACACGUUAGGAAACAAAUUAAAGCCACAAUCCAUAUAAGACAAACACUGUCUCAUCUAAACUUGGUUAUAUCAUCAGUGGAAGAAUGGGUUUCUUCUAAUGACAACAAGGUGUUGUUAGGAGAAGCAAUGUGUGUAGUAACUGGACUUUCACAGUGCAUGGCCAUUGUCUUCUAAGGACAACUAAUGGAGCCCAAGAGAACUAAAGUCACAGGAGCAGGUGCUGAGGACUGCUUGUCCUGAACGUUGACAUGUUUUGAAUAUUAGAAAGUCACGAAAUAUUCAAAAGAAAAAUCCUCCACCUGUUUUCAAUUUGGCUAGAAUUAGUUUGUUUUCUUGGUAAAUUUCAGCAGUUGAAAAUAUUGUCUCCAUAUUUCACUUGAAUUAAUUCUUGUGACUUUAACAGAACUGCCACCUUUGAAAGCAUACGACUCACUUCCACUCCUUGUAAUGCAAAACUACUUGGUUUUAAAAGCAUUUCCAUUAGAAAUGCAAGGCUGAGAGCUGAAGAAAGCUGAUGGAGCAGACAGUUUGCAUUAUUUCACUAUGCCAACAAAAUACAUCAUGGGCCCCAUUGCCAAACUGCUUUAAAAUCACUUUCAGCUCAUGUAUGACCAAAAGAAGGACUUCAUUUUGUCCCUCCACCCCAGAAUUUUUUUUUAAUAAUAAUAAUAAUCAAAAUAAUUAGGGAGCCUAUUAUAUACCUAAUUACUUUUGCACUGGCCUAAAAUCUCUAUUGAUGGAAAGGGAAAUUUUAUUGAAAUAGGACCCUUGUGAAUUUCUUCAUGAUUAAAAAGAAGUUACAAUGGUCUGUCUAGAAUGAUUAUGAUAUUAAUACACUAAAAAUGCAUUUGACAAAUCAGUUUCAUUCUUGAGUGCAGAGUUGAGCUGAUAAGCAGAGAAAAUUUCUUAAGUAGUUUCAGUGAUCAAUGUUUUUUAUAUGAUUUCAAAUCAAGCAAAGGGGCCAUAUUCGUAUACAUGAAUAAAAACAUUCAGUGGAUUUGAGGAAUCAUGUUGUAGUACUUUAGUAACACAUCAUGGAAUAUUUUAUUUUGACUACAGUAGAGUAGAAAGGAUGAGACUUUGUUUUUCCUGUUAUGUGGCUGGCAUGCUUGAAAAUUUUGAGUCCAAUGGAACUGACAGCUUCUCAUUUCAAUCUGAGGGAUUGACAGAAUUUAAGGAAGGCUCAUAGAUUCUGUACAAUAUACCCUUCCUGUGGCAAAGCGAUAAUGAAUUUCGUUAACGAAUCCAUUUGCUUUAUAAAUGAUAUCUGCUGUGGCAUUGGAAGACAGUUGGGUCUGACUCAAGAUUAACACUUCUUACCAAACUUUUUAAAAUACAAAAUUGGUCCCUUAAUCCACAUGUGAUUGGUCAUGACAACAAUAUGUGUGUGUUGCAUGGAGUUCAGGAAAGUAUGACAACUAAAUACCCAGGGGUUCCCAAAGACCUUUUAUGAUGUGGGAGAGGGGAGUUCACCUCAGAUUAAUGAUCUCUUAUCUUUGGUUUUAUACCCCAACAUGGAGAUGUUCACUAUCACAAGAAGGGGAUGUUUGGCUUCUCAAUAUUUGCUUCUUUGUAUUUCUGGGAGGGAAAAUACCUUACUGGAUCAAGAAACACUUCUUACAUUCAGGAAGCUUUCAAGCAAAAACACUGGUGGGAUGAAGUUUGUCGUCUGCAGGAGGAACCCCAAGGCCACUGAGUCACACUUGAGCUUUUCUUAAUACUGCCCCAGUUUCUGCAUUUUGCAGAAAUACAAUCACUCUCAAUUUUUGAAGGGCUAAUUAUCUACUUUGUGGAUGUGUUUUGUCUUUUCUUCUCAAGGAUUAGGCCUUGGGUUCUGUUUCCUUUCAUUAUUAUUUCACCCUGAGGGUGGAAAAAGAUACCAUUGGAAAUAAAAUUCAAAUCUGUCUACUUUAUUUCUUCUUAAAUUUUGUGUUAUGGAAGGUGUUUGAAAGAAAUCAUUGGCAAAAUUAAUGUUAGUACAUUAUACACAAACUGUGGAUUUUGAAAAUUCAUAAUGUUCUUUUUCCAUUCACCACAAACAAUUGAGAGUUGGCUGUAUUCUUGCAGAAUAAAAAUGAAAAAAAAAAGCAGUGGUAAAGAAAUUGGCUUCCCUUGAAAGAAGUCUGUUUGUGUUUCAUUUACUCUACUGAAAUUUCGACCAGUAGAAAAGAUCAACACAAUUUCUGUUAUGAUAAUAUAAUAGUAACUCUUGGUUAAAUAUACACUCUUAUUCAUAUUUUAAGUCUUUGACCAAAAAGAAAAGGAAAAAAAAUGCAUUUUUUUUCUUUGCAUUACUAUAUCAAGGCUGAAUGACUUUGACACUCCAGUGGAUAUUUUUAUGAUCACAUUGAAAUAAGUUCAAAGUUUAACAUUAGUGUUAUACUUUGUCCUUGACACCUCAGUCUUAGAUGAUUAAGAAAGAUGCUCUGUCCUCCUCCCCAAAAUGUGUUAUUUCUUCAUACACACACACACACAAAAAAAAAGAAAAAAAAAGAAAAAGAAAAAUAAAGAAAAAGAAAAAAAAGAAGAAGAAAGGAGUUAUUCUAUACCUUUUAGGAACUGUGAUGAUUAUUUCAAAGAGAUACUUGGAAAAGUUUUCUUCACUCUGGAAAUAAAUGCUUCCCUUUAUUUAAAAGGAAGAAUAUAAUUGGAAUCUUAAUUUUAAGAAAAAUGUGCAAAAGUACUAGUUAUGACAUAUUCAGUUUCUAAGAAAAAUAGGACACAGCUUCUUUUUAAAACCCUUAUUUUAGGCCAUAUUCAACAUCAUGGAACUUCUGAAACAUCGUUCAGUUUUAAACUUUAUUUCAGAGCAUUUAUUUUUAUUUUUUUUUUUGUACUGCUGUCUCUGACUGUCGAGGAAAGUUCUGUAAUUCUGUGGUGUUUCUGGUUUUAUUUUUAAUUUUUUCAUCUGUACCACAGUCCAAUGAAAUACCAUUUCCCCUAUUCCUUGGGCUUUCUGUAGAUCAGUGGAUGUUAGGUUUAAAUUUCUGUUUUCUUUGAUGAAGCUUUCAAUAAAAAAUGACAAUAAAAUCAA